GGACUCUCCACGUCAGGGGCCACAGAGUGGACUCCAACAAGAGGAGAGGAGAGGGACUGUAACAGGAAACGUGACAAGGGGAACUGGGCUGAUCUUUGUGGCCAUUGGGCUGGCCUGGAAGUCCUGAGUGCUCCCCUCUGAGAAGAGAAUCAGACAGGUCCACAACCAACAGCUAACACUACUACUGCUCUUUCACCCAGGAUCUACCUGUGACUUAUACCUGCCUCAUACGCAUUGGACGAUCUAAAAAGGAGGAGUUCUGAAAAUAAUUCAUCUCUAGUAAGUCAUUCCAGUCAUUUAUACUGUAUGAAUUGUUUUGUUUCUAUUGUAAGUUUGGUUACACAUAACUCAUAACAUUUUAUCAUUUGUGUGGAUACGUAUGAAAUGUAUGAUUGAAAUACCACAUCGACACAGUAUGUUGUAUCUUGUUGCGUCUCAAACUGAUAUAAUCUAUUACCACAAUGUGCAACAGUGACUGAUUUGAUAACAUUAGCCCUGAGUGUAAGGCUGAACCCUCGAGACAAUUUGAUACCAGAUUGACUAUGUUUAUAUGUGCUACGCUAAUACUCUGUAGCCACGGGGGAGAAAUCAAUCAAAACAAAUCCUGAAACCAUCUGUGCAUCUUGAGUUACACUAUAGUGUACAACAUAUUGAGUCUUGUAUUCUAUGACCUAAGUGUAAGGUAACUCAACCUAUCCUUUUCCUUUCAAAAGUAGAAAAAUGUAUUCAUUUACCUAUACCAGAUUUAUGACAGUGUUAAUAACAUUGAAUUGUUUCGAUACUGUACAUAGAUAGAUAUGCAAUUUAAAUAUAUACUGACGUCAGCUGCUCUAGAACUAAUUGUUGAGGCUUGAAAUGAUGAGAAUGAAGUCAAACAUACAGAUGAACGCUAGGAUAGCAGUUAAACCAGUCAAAUAACAUCUAAUGACACUGAACUAAUCCUUUUAGCAAAUAUAAUGUCAAAUAACUUUGGUAAAAGACCUCAGAGAAGAGGUGUGAUAGAUAGCCACUGUCUGUUAGACUCAGAGAACAAGUGCUGCCAGAGAGAGCCAGUGAGUCCAGUGUGAUGGUUUGUGGGUGAAGCAGGGCUGAGGAGACGGCUCAUCAGUGACAGACGGCGUUUCCUAGAGGAGUGAGUAGGCAGACAGAUUGUUGGAAGCUGCUCUGUGAUUAAAGCUGUUUUAAUCUACAGCGGGCAAACACACACACCCACACACACAUAUUGUACGUCACUUAAUUCUACUGUAUCAUCACAAUAUUGAGGCUUGCUUGAUAGUUGAUCUUGAAUAGUCAGAUUUCAACAUAAUGUGUAUGCUGAGUGCUUGCCUUGAUAUUACCAAAUAUUGCCUAUUUUCUGACUAAUGUUACAGUACAGUAUACGAUUAGAGAUCGCAGGUGCAUCAGGUCAGGUUGUGUGAAUAUAUCCAUAAACUGAUGAAUUGAUAUGGAUCUUCCAUAUAGCUUUGUGUGCUACUUGGGAUUGGAACACAGCACCAAUUGUCUCAGGCAUACCAGGCUGUGAACUGUGUGAGUCAUAGCCUACUAAGAUUAAUUCAUGUGGAAUAAUGUACAGCAUAUUUCAAAAUACAGUACCGUAUUCCUCUUUUUUUUCUACAAGAUAAGCUGCCUUAUUGAGAACUUCUGAAAAAUGUCUACAUGGUCAUAAAAUCGGACAUUUGCAUAGACAGCAUUUAAAAUGGCACAGACAGAGAAAUAUACUUUCAGUUAUCAUUGAAUGGCAUUCAAAUGAAAGGUCAAUGGACUCGCUUUGAGGAGAACAAGAAACUGACAUUAUGGAUAUAGGUUGCCCAUCAUUCGAGAGUUUAAAUGGGUUUGAUCCAUUUGAACUAGGUAUAGCUGAGGUCCUGAAUGAAAUACUUUACAAUUGUCCGAUAGCAUCCUACCUAAACCAACUCAUUUAACACAUUGUUUAAAAAUCCCAUUGUUGUCUCCUUAACUCUCGCUACUGCUCAAGAAAAUUGUCAGAGAAAGAGAGCCAGAGAGACAGAGAGAGAGGGAGAGAAAGAGAGAGGGGGGGAGAAGACGGGGGCAGAAAUUGAAUUGCAGGAAGGGUGUAAGGCCACAGUAGCAUUAGCGUAAUGAUGACCCUUCAUUAGAAAUGUGAAUGUUAUUUCCCAAGGGCAUUGUGUUUACACUUCCUCUCCUUGAUAAAAGCCCAGACUUCAAAUCAUGACCUCACUGGGAGGACUUACUGUAUGUACCCAGUAACAGAACAAGGAGACAUUCAAAAAAUGCAAUUUUUGACAUAGUGGGCCAUCCAUGACUACAAAGACAGCUACAAAUAGUGAUGAUUGAGGAUGUCUAUCUCUAAAGUAACUGGAGUUUAAAAAAGGCCUCUCUCCUUUAUGGGACAAACUUCAGGGCGUGGCAAGAAGGACAUCGGAUGACGCACUGUUAACCCAUAUGAGGUUUGACUCCUUACGUUAUAGCACAGAGUAAAUGUUUUCUAACAAACCAUUUUUAACUGUUCCAAUAAAUAGCUGAACACAAUAUUUAAUAAGUUAUGGAACAACAAAACAUGAUGAGAUACUCACUUUGUGCCAAGUUCUUUACCUCAAAGGCCCAGAUAAACCUAUUGUCAGUGUGGAGAAGAUAAGAUACUUUAUUAUCUGUGCUGUAUGGGGUUGUAAUGAAAGUCAUUUGAUUGUAGUAGUUUUGGGACUUUAGAAUAUGAUAUUAAGCCAUUUGGGAACAUUUACGAACCAUAAUCCACCUCAUCUUAAUAUCCACUGCUGAGGGCUGGCAACAAUAAGAGUGGAAUAACCCAUAUAAAGUAUAUUAUCUGGGAUGGACUGAUUUAAUGUUUAGCUAUCCUCUUGACCACAAAGAAAGUGUCCAUUUAAAGAAAGUGUCCAUUCAACUUUUCUAGCGGAAAACUCCCAAAAGUGCCAACCAUGCCCACCGGGCAUGCCAGGCAAGCUUAAUUAAAUGCACCCAAAGUAAUAGUUAACAAUUGAAAGAAGACAAAUAGUUUUUGAGCCAGGUGUGUUGCCUGAGGCGUGAGUGGUCUCAAUGGCCCGAAUUUAAUGAUCUGCUUUCCCUUCCUCUGCUUCUCCCUUCCUUCCUUCAGAUGAUGAGACAGUCUGCAUGGAGGCAGAUGACUGGGCCAGAGCUGUGGAUGGGUCUCUUUGCCUUGGCCCUGUCCCUCAGUCUAACCAUGGCUGAACAUAUGGACCAGAGGCCAGCACUACAAACCAGCCCAGUUCUCCACAGGCACAAGAGAGAGUGGUUGUGGAACAACCUUUACGUGGAGGAGGAAAGGCCAACCUACACCCAAUACUAUCUUGGAAAGGUAUGUCGUUGUUUUACCAUGUCGGUGUACUCUUGGAGGCUCAGGUAGAAUGCCAGAAAGUUGAAUUAACAUUGUCUUCUGUUUUUCUAUUUGUAGUUAAAGUCAACUAAGUCUGGUUACAGGACACGCUAUGUCAUUGAAGGAGAAGGUGCCAACACAAUCUUCAAAGUGGAUGAAAAAGGAGACAUCUAUGUCACUGAACGAUUGGAUCGAGAGGUGAAAAGCACAUACCAUCUAAAGGCCCAGCUGUUUGAUACCAGCAACAACUUGGUGGAGAGAGUGGAAGAGUUUGUGAUCCUGGUUACUGACAUCAAUGACAAUGAUCCAGUGUUUACUAAAUCAUUCAACGCUUCUAUCAAAGAGAGAUCCAAAAGAGGUACAGGAGGUCAAAUCCUAAACACAAGGAUGAUUAUGCUGGAUAUUAAAAACUGCUUUUGCUAAAUCCCUUCUCUUUAUUUCUUCCCUGUGUAGGAACUAAAGUGAUAGAAGUCACUGCCACUGAUGCAGAUGAUCCAACGACUGCAAAUGGAGAACUUGCUUACAAAUUAUUAGAGGGGGGAGAUGUCUUCAAUAUAGACAGCACAACAGGUAGGAGAUGUUCAUUCAUUUUAACUCAUAUGGCAUAAAGUCCAUUGUAUCUUCAUCUCUUUUCAAUAUUCUUUCCUAAUAACCCUUAUUCAUUUCAGGGAUUAUCACCACCAAGUAUGAGAACCUGGACCGUGAGACCCAGAGUAGCUAUGUGGUUGUGGUUCAAGCCCAGGAUCUGAGAGGACUUAAACAAGGGGGUACCGCCACCACCUCUGUCACCAUCGCAGUCAGCGACAUCAAUGAUAACAUAGCCACGUUUACCAAAAGUAAGGGCAAUAUAGAACAUCCCUGACAGCUACAUAUAGCAUAUUGACAAUUAUUGGUCUUAUAGGAGAUAAACCUAAAUAUGAAUGAUUGUUACGGAAUGCUUAGCUGCAAAUGAGGGAUUAUUCCAUAAUGUCCCUCAGAAGCUUCUCUUACUAAGAUGUAGAGUGUAUUUUGCCCCUAGGUUCCUAUGUAUUUAGUGUGAAAGAGGACAUGAAGCGGGGACAGAGAAUAGACACCAUGGUCCUGGAGGACAGAGAUGAGAUCCAGAAUAAAGACCCCAUCUUCACCAUAGCACCUUCAUCUGACAUCUUUGAAAUGGAGCGCAGUCAGACCAAAGAUGGCAACCUCAUGCUGAAACAGGUAUUUCACUCAUCCUAAACGUGUUGCUUUUUUUAAAAAAAAAAUAUCACAGAAAAUGAUCCACAUUUGUCUCAAUAGUGCAACCAGGUUUAAUGCUUUCCUAAUGUGUCCUAAACUCUACUGUACAUGUGAGCAUUACAGAGUGAUGCAUAACACUGAACUAUACAGUAGCAGAGACUAAAGAAAUAAGACCAUGCACUCUUUGAAGGACAUAUGAAAAUGAUUGUCCUUGAAAGACUCCUUGAAGGGCAUUAUUAAGUAAAUUAAGAAAAUUAAACUACUUAAAGUAUUCUGCAAAAAAAGUAUCAGUACAGCCUGUACAUUAUAGAUAACGUUGUAGGGAAUAUGUAUGAGAGUGACACAUUUGCUAAAGAUUAUACGUAUAGUACAUGUACUGAGUCUUUUCCUUAACCUUCCUUACUUCUUUUCAGGGACUUGAUUAUGAAACUAAGAGCAGCUACACGUUCUUUGUGGAUGUGAGGGAGAACCACUUGCAGUCCCCUGCAGAUAAUAAGGACAAUCCAGUGAUCAAGGCCCAGGUGACCAUCCAGGUACUAGAUGUUGAUGAGCAGCCAGAAUUCAGCAAGAGCAUCUAUAACUUCAACGUGAUAGAGGAAAUGAUGGUCAAUAAUAUUGGAGUCGUUUCAGCCAGAGAUCCUGAUAAAGCCAACAAGGCCAUACGGUAGGCCUACACAUUCACUAAUUGGCACAUGCUAGAAUAAACAGCACUUAUUUUCUGAGAGGCCAUUUCCACAAUGUCUCAACGUGUCCUCUACAGGUAUUCCAUUGAGGACAAGGACAGUCCCAUUGGUAUCAACCCCAUAACUGGACAACUUUUCACAGUGAGGAAGCUGGAUCGGGAGCAUGUAGCCAAUCACAUGUUCCAGGUUAAAGCUAAGGAGGAACCAAAUGGUAUGACAUUAGCCAUCAUCUUUAAUCUUAUUAAUUGCAAAUUCACAUUUAUUGCAUGAAAUGUAAUUAAUGUCCAAAACAUGUUUUACCUUAAUAACUGGUAUGCUUUAGGUGUUUCCCAAUAAUAAAAUCAUGUUUCCUGUCUCCUCUUCAGGACUGGAAUCUUUUGUGAACGUCAACAUACUGGUCAUCGAUAUCAAUGACAACAAACCAGAGCUGUCCAUUGAAGAGAUAUUCGUUUGUGAAAAUGAUAUGGCUGGCACGGUAGGAUUUUUUCCAGAGUUAGAUGUCAUCUAAGCCAUCAACCUUUAAACUCUUGCUGAAAAUUGCAUUAUGUCUUUCUUAAAAUGUAUUCCCCUCACACAGGUGAUUGGGACCAUAAGUGCCACAGACAAAGAUGAUCAUUUGCCCGCAUUCAGCUUCACAUUGGUGAAGCCGAACGCCAACUUUUCAGUCAUCGCUAACAACGGUGAGAGAACUGAUCAUUUCUAUGCAUGAACAUAUGACAAGUGGCACCUUUAUUAUGUCACCUAGAGCUGUGCAGGCAGACACAUUCUACUGAUGCUAAGCUGUUGGUUGGUGUGAUGGGGUGGUGAGGUGGGUAUAACAGGGAUAAUGUGAUUGGCUGGUUCACAUAUGGGCUCAGGAUAGCACUGUGCUCCCCAGUGGCAGAGGAAUCAGCCUGGGCAGCGCUCCGUUCUAAAGCUAUCUGACGUCUGAACGUUCUCCACCUAGUCGGGUGGAAACGAGAACAGCAACAAACCGCAGAGAGCCCCUGAAAUAUUCAUGAUGUACAAGCUCUUUAAAACCAGCAGCCCUUCAAUACAUAUUUUGAGAGCAACAGCGACGACCUCAGAGGCACUCUGGCUGGGGAACAUUUUCAGUGCAGCGCUGGGGUGGCCUGGUCCAGUCUGUGCUGCCUCGUUGGCUGCACUGCAUAAUGAACUGAUGUGACAUUUCCCCAUGUACUGAUCAGCCAGGAACACGGAACACUGAGAGUAGGCUGCACAUUAGCCCAGUGCAACUAGAGAGAAGGUCAUAGCAACGGAAGAACAGAAGAACAGUGAGAAGUUGUUCUUACAUUAGUGAUGAUGUGCAUGUUAAGGCCAUAUCUCUAGCUUUGAUGUACUGUAUGCACUACAGGACAUCCUUCAUAGCUUCUAUUUCUGAAUGGUUAUAUACUGUAAUUCUACUUCAAUUAGGCCAGCCAAAUUGAACAUACAAAAUGAGUAUGCCCAGUUUCUAUCAACAUAUACUGGCACCUAAAGCUCAUGGAGAUAAUCAUAUGUGGAAAAGCAUAAUUUCUAUAUCAAGGUUCGGAGCACAUUCAAUCAUCCUGCUUUGUGGAUUCUUACCUACUGCGAUUUUAGGUGAUUGUUAGUGCGGAAAAGUUUCACUUACACAGGAACCCUCAGAUUCAACAGUCUGCUUAUUAGGUAGAUGCAAAAGUCUACACCUAAGUAAAUUGUAGCUAAGAGCAUUCCACCAUUGGAACCAAUGCACUAUGAAGACCCAUAUAAUGUAUAAAAAUGUCCUCCAAAUCUAACCAUGGCAAACCUCUGAUAACUAACAUUGUUUUAUGUCCACCUCUCCUAGACAACACAUCUAACAUAGUGCUGAAACAUGGAGGCUUCAGCCUGGAGGACUCCAGGGACUAUGUAAUAGACAUUGAGAUCAGCGAUGGAGGCAGGCCUCCCAUGAGCAGCAUCACCUCUCUGCCUAUCAAAGUGUGCAGGUGUGACAACAAGAGGAUCCACACCCAGUGCAAAGCAGCCCAACUCAAAAUGGGUGUCAGUGUCCACGCCCUGAUUGCUAUACUGUUGUGCAUCCUGACUAUUCUGGGUGAGUCAAUCUCUCCUCUACUGUAUACAGCCCUCUCCAUUUUAACUGGCAUUCUACAACACCACUGUUCCUGAUUAAGACAUAUUGUAAAAUAGAGCAAUCGUCUAAGAAAUUAAAAAACUGAGAUCAUUAAACAAGGUACUUCAGCUCAAGGUGUUCUUGGGUAAAAUCAUGAAGUAUUUACGACACAGGGAGAAGGAUAGGUAAAUGUGAACAAUUCAGAUGAUGGAUGAUGUGCGACUCAUUUUAAUUUUUUGGGACAAAGUUGAAGAGUUUUACCUCAGUAUCUGAUUGGAUAAAUAACAUACAAGAAUCCAGGACAAGCUAAGUAAAUAGUGGAAGGAACAGGAAGCAUUGAGCUGAAUAUUCUUUUUGAUACAUUCUCUGCUCUGCUGUCUUGGGAGAAAGCCAUUUGUCAUAUUAGAUGAGCCAUGUGCCAGAGAUGUUUUGUCAAAAGCUCAUAUCUGAAGCAGAGAGCAAUCGCACUGCUGCAGUAGGCUUCCACUAAAGCAGAUAUGUGGGAAAAACAUGAGAAGAAUGGGAAGGCUAAUGAGAAGAUGAUCAGUUAUUCGGUCUUGUUAUCAAAGACACAUAAUGAAGUGGUGAUUAACUAUUAAACAGUCAUUAUCGUAUGAAUCCCAAAGAAAUAUACUGGAGACCCAUUCAACAAAGUAUUUUCUCACACCCGAUUUCAUUUGCCUCAUGAAAUAUAUAUUUUUCCCGCUCCUAUCUCCUUCAGUACUUAUUAAAACCCCAGAGUGUCUGUCAUGGAUAUUAAACAUGUUUUCGUUCUCGUUCCAGUCAUAGUGAUCCUGAUUGCUAUGAGGAAGCGUCACCAGAAGGACGCCCUGGUCACUCGGGGAAAGAGUGAGAUCCACGAGCAGCUGGUGACGUAUGACGAGGAGGGUGGUGGGGAGAUGGACACCAACGGCUACGACGUGUCCAUCCUGACCUCAGCUCGGAACGACGGCAGCAUGAGCAUGAGGCAGGGCCCCAGCCUUUACGCCAUGGUGAAGAAACCACCAACAGCGUGCAAGGGAGACAUGGCCAUGAUGAUCGAGGUGAAGAAAGACGACGCUGACCAUGACAGGGAUGGGAUCCCCUACGAUACCCUGCACAUCUACGGCUACGAGGGGCCAGAGUCCCUGGCUGGUAGCCUCAGUUCCCUGGAUAGUUCCUCCACUGGCUCUAACCUUGACUAUGACUUCUUAAACGACUGGGGCCCUCGCUUCAGAACCCUGGCUGAGCUCUAUGGGGUGGAUGGGUCUGAGGGAAGUGACUCCCCGUAUUGA